UUAAAUUGAUUUAUAAGAGCAAAUAUUUGCCCUCGAAAUUGGGGAUUGAUAUCUUAUUUAUGGAAUACUGAGUGACAAUUGAAGUUGAGUUCUUCAAAUUAUAUAAGGAGUGGAGAUUGUGAUUAUAGAGUUAUGUUAAGAAUAAAUGUAUCUAUUCCAACUAUGUUGCUAACUGUCUACUUGAUGAGCCAUGAGUUUUAGAUGUUUAUAUCUGAUCCUAAUGUUAUAAGUCUAUAUGAGGCUUGUUUGUUUUCGAAGUAGCCAUGGUGUAAAAAGAUGUGAUCUAGUGAAUUUUUGGAUUUUGUGCAAAGUUAGGCAUAUAGAGAAUCUAGAGAUAUAAGUAUCUUCAUGUUUGUUUUGUUGUCACGACGGAUUGGAAGUGUGAGGAAAAUGAUGAUAUUGGAAGUGGAUGGUUAGGAGUAAAUUUUGGCUCUUGAAGCUUCUGUUUUGAGAUAUUCUUGCAUUCUGGUUAAAGAGCAUAGGAUUUUGUUUUUAGAAUAAAGUAAUUAUUGGAAAAAAAGUAUUAAACUGAAGAGGGAUGUGUAAAAUUUGUUUGGACUCGUGAGUCGAUAUAAUAAGCUUUUGCUUUGAGAGAUUAUUGGGUUUUGCCUUUUAGAGCUAGAGUAGUGAUUGUAAAAAACUUAGUAAACAAGUAGAGACAUCUAUUUUGAAAGUUUCUUCAAGAUUGUUUUGUUGUUGUGGCGAAUUAGAGUGAAGUGUAGGUAGAGGUAAGAUGGAUUAGGAUUUAGGAGUGACGUUUGGGUCUUGAAGAGGAGUAUGCUUGAACUCAUGAAUCGAUUGAUAAGCUUCUGUUGUGAAGAUUCUUGGAUUCUUGUUGGAGAGAUUAGGAAUUUGUUUUUAGAACUAAACUAAUGAUUGGGAAAACUUAGAAGACUGAAGCUUUUAAUUUGAGUUUCGUUAGCUAUACCAAUGAUUGGGAAAAAGUUAGUGAGCACACAGAGGUGAAUAUUUUGAAAGUUUCUUCGUAGACUUCGAUUCUGUAUGUGAAGCGUUUACGUGAUCCUAUCUGGUCCUGUAUCUUCAGAAGAAACUAGUGGCUGCAACAAUGGAUGAUGCUUUGCCAAAAGCUCUACCUCCCGAGAAAUCUGAUCCCUCGGAAGAUUGGACUAUUGUGUUGCCGCGGCGUGGAAAGAAGAACAGAACUGUCAACAAGUUUGUGAUCCCUAAACGGCAAAUGGAAGUGCAGUUAUGGGCACCGAUAGAUCUCGAAACUGAUCCAGAGAGAGAAUCAAAGCUGAAGCAAAAAAUGGACACUUGCAUUAAGAAAUUCGAAAACUCUGAAUUCUACAGAAAUCUACUGAGCCAAAUCCGAAAUCCUGAUAUUGUGGAUAAGUUUUCCAAAGUUUUGGGAUCAGAGGAAAAGAUGCAGAUGGUAGUUUACGGGAUUGGUAGCAUUGAAUCGUUCGAGCCUCCCCGGCUGCAACUCUGCCUCGCCAUUCUGUUGCAGAGGAGCUUCGAUUGGAUCGGAGGAAUAGAACUGUUUGACCCGAUAAUCUCCCUGACAGAAUCAAAGGUCCUGACGUCUCUAGGCUGCACUGUUCUGUCAAUCAACGAGCAAGGCCGGAGACGAGCUGUGAAGCCUACGUUUUUCUUCAUGCCACACUGUGAGGCGGAACUGUAUGACAAUCUCUUGGAAGCGAAUUGGGAGGUGGACCGGUUGAAUCGGCUGGUGAUCUUCGGGAAUAGUUUCGAGGCGUACGAGCAGCACGCGUCGCUGUGCAAGAGCUCGGCCGUAACGAGCUCAAGGAAGCAUGUGUUGGCUAUUAGGAGCUUCGCUGAAGAGUUGGGAGUCGAUACUUUUUCCGAUGAUUCGUUUCGAGCAUUUCAUGGUACGAGUUGGCAUUUUUUUGGCCCUUCUGCUGAAGCAGAUUUGCAAAUUAUUUUGUGAAUGUGUAUUAAGUUAAUCCAUUUAUAUUUAAAUAUAAACUGCUAAUAUAUAAAAGUGAGAUUUAUAUUCUAUUAA